CGACUGGGAGGAGGAGGGAUCUCUCACCGGUGGCAGUCAGACUUGGGCGAGUCAGCGCGUACGUGCGGAUCGUGCAGACCUCCACAAGGGCAAGCAAGCUGCCAUCAUCGCCAACGAACUGCUGACUCAAAGUAUUCACACCCCUAUGAGAGCUACCUGCCGUUUUAACCCCCAUUGUUGUUGGUUUUUGUUUCUCCUGUCGUUUUUGCCUCUGUUUAAACGCAGACCUAGUAAAGCCUGAUUUACGCUUCCGCGUUAAAUCGACGCAGAACCUACGGCGUAGGGUACCGUGGAGACGCGCACCGUAGUGGUUGCGUUGAUUUAUGGUUCUGCGUUAAAUCUACACUGGCUUCCAGUGAGUCAAAGGAUAGAGUUUAAAAUCUUACUGCUGGUCUACAAAGACCUGAAUGGUCUUGGACCAAAAUACAUGCUUGAUCUGUUAGUUCCCUAUGAAGCUCCCAGAACCCUGAGGUUCAUCUGGAUCUGGUUUGCUGUGGUUCCCAAGAACAAGAACCAAGCAAGAAUAUCCAUGAACUCAGAGUUGCAAAACUGCAGUUUCACAAUGCCGAAUAUAGGGUUCCAGAACCUUCCCCUCAAUAUCUACAUUGUGGUGUUUGGGACCGCCAUCUUUGUCUUCAUCCUCAGCCUCCUCUUCUGCUGCUACCUAAUAAGGUUACGGCACCAGGCGCACAAAGAGCUAUAUGCAUACAAACAAGUCAUUCAGAAGGAAAAGGUCAAAGAGCUAAACUUGCAUGAGAUAUGUGCAGUGUGCUUGGAGGAGUUCAAACAGAAAGAUGAGCUGGGGAUUUGUCCAUGCAAGCAUGCCUUUCAUAGGAAGUGCCUCAUUAAGUGGUUGGAGGUGAGGAAAGUGUGCCCGCUGUGCAACACGCCCGUCUUGCAGCUCGCCCAGAAGGCCGGCAGCCCAGAGCCCCCUGAGCCGGCUCAGCAGCCUUUACCUGGCAUCGAGAACCCGGUGUAGCAGACUCAGCACCGCCCCCCUCCCUCACAGUAAACACAUAAGACACACCCCAGCUUUUCAUGCGCUCACCUGUACAGGUACACUUCAAUACGAGUGUGUGGAUAGAUGGGAGAAACUGGAGUUGCUCCGCAGGCCUCCACAAAAAACCUGUGAUUCUGCAGCCAUCAUCGCCUUUCUUAUCUCUGCGUUGGUUCACAAGAGGAUCUCCUUACAUCGGCUGUGACUGAUGAUCAGCUGUCCUCGUGGUUUCGCUCUUCAUGGACAAUGAAGACGAGUUGUUGUUGUUGAAGAAGUUUCCUUCGUGACUUGUUCACAACCAAAGCACUUUUCUGGGGACACCAGCGAAAAAGAGCCGGAGGAGAACACAAAAGCCAAGAACUUCAGUACACUAAAAUACAAAUUCUUGUUCCUUUUUUUGUUUUCUUUUUUUUUUAACACGCACUUUAUAAAAAGUCAAAAUCUUAAUUGCUUGUGGAUCAAAGUCCCAAGGUAGUGUUUUAUAUUUUAUUCUGAACUAUUAUUUGUAUGUACAGUGCUAAUCAGCAUUAUGUUUUCAUUUUGAAUUGAUAAACUUGGAUUUUUCAACAAUAAAAAUAGAAAUAAAUCUCAAAGGGACAUAACUGUAAUGUUAGAUGUCAGGAAAUGUGGACAAUUGUGUACGGAUACACACCAAAAUUGAAACUCAACCUCAAGACUUUGUUGUCUGAUUAAAUGUGAAAUAUUUGAAUGGGUUAAAAACGUGAUAUAUAAUCACACAUAAACAACAGUAAACUGCCAGUACAGACAUUUACAUAAGAAAAAUAAAAAUCUCAAAGUCACUACUGUGAUAUUCAUAAAAGAAAAAGAAAAAAGCAGAUGUAUUUAUUUAAAAGAUAUCCAGUGUAAGUGUGUAUAGCCUUAUGCUUUAUCUCUAAACUGUUUCACAGAACAAACUUGCGAAAUUGAUCAACAUUUAACUCAAACACUUGUGGUGACGUACAUGUUCCAGUCUUCCAUUGCUCUGCAUCACAUUAUUUAUCAAAAUAACUGCAACUUAAUUCUGAAAAAGGUUGAGAUAUUUGACAGAACAAAACACGUAAAACUGAAAGCAUCGUCACAUGUCAACAAAACGAUCAAUUCAAUUUAGGAACAGAUGUGAAAACUGUAGCUGCAGCUUUGGUUUUGUUCAUUUUUAUUCUUUUUCAUUCUUUUUUUUUUUUUGCUUGUGCCCUACAAGAGUAAUUUUAUUUGCCGUCUCCAAACAUCAUUUCUUGGUACUGUUGCAUGAAGGGAAGGACUUGGUGGAUUGACACUACUACGUUCAGUAUGUCGCCGGCAUAUCUUUAGCUCGACAUAAUUGGGAGCUCUAGCCUCUCGUUCAUGUUUGCCCCCCCUAAAAAAAAAAAAAACCCCAACAAGACUGCCGUAGUCAGUGGUCAGCAGGUUGUAAUGAAACAGCACUUUCAUUCACACGGACACACACAUGCGGUGCAGCUCAGCUUUUUGGCUGAAGCGUUCUGGCGCUUUCGCCUCUCUGCCUCUUUCUGUACGGUACAGGGGGCUUUUGUUUUGUGCCACACAUACAUCAACUAUAAGCCCUUUUUUUCCGUUUUUGUUGGCUGCAUUGUUGCCAAUUUAAAAGAUGGGCUUUAAAAAAACAAAAAAAAACCUCUACUAUAGAGACCGCCCCCCCCCCCCAGUGACGUCGGUGGGAAAAAUGUUAUCCAGUGGUAACAGGUUACCGAUCCAUGACAGUGAGGUCAUUCAGUGAUAAUUUAAUGAUACUGUAUGUGAGAGAUUGCAGGAUGUAUGGUUUGUUCGUGGUAAUAGCUUCCUGUAUAACGAAAGCAUUACUAACAUUACUAGCAUUACUAUCUUAAUUUUCACUUGCGACCAGUUUAUGGUUAUAUCUCGGUUUGUUCAAGCAGAGAUAUUUCCUCCCGAUGGUACAAGGGAAGGUCCGUAGGUGAUAUACUCCCCCCCAAAAAAAAAGAAAAUUAGCCUUUUAUCAGAAUUGGUACAAUGUAAUACCUGAUAUAACAUGAACAUCUAAUAAUGUAAGUUUUUUGUCCUGUUCUGUAAAAUUGUGUUGAUAUUUAAAAACAUUAAAGGCGAAGAUUAGUCAAGUAAAUAAGCUAUAUAUAGACUUCUGAAAAAGCAGCAAAAUGAACAUUACAUGCGUCUGUCCAAGUCUUCGGACUGGCAACUGCCACUCUGUUGACAGAUUUUUAUUUUUUAUUUUUUUCCCUCCUCUGGGCACUGUCACAUGCAGAGCAGCUCUCUGGGACAAUGCCCUCGACUGCAUGUGGCAGAAAAGCAUUGUUACCAUGACCUCUGUGGAUUGAAUGUUGGUUCUGUCGAACAUCCGCCCACACAGACGGAGGAGUGAAGUCCUUUUUUUUUUUAAUAGGGUCAGAGAAGGAAGCAAGGUUGAAAUGUCAAAUGUUCAGUGACCUUUAAAGAGGUCAAGACUAUUAAUAAAAAGCUCUAAAAGUAGAAACAUUGUGCCCAGUUAUUGGAACAAAACUCUGCCCUGAUCACUAAGAAGCUUCAUCACAUGACUUUUCAACUGAUCAUUUAUUUUGAUCUGAAAAACUUUUGUUGAACAAAACAUCUGAAGGGCUUUCUUCAGCAUGUGGUGUGAUUUAUCAUGGACUUUGCUUUGAUUAUCCCACUGCCAAUGUUGCAGUAAGAAAACACCCAACAUCUCUAAAAUCAUCCCGAAAUAUUGAUUAUCUUCCGUUGUCCCUGAGAGACACUGCUGAUACACAAGUCUUAAGGAUUUGCUCCUGUCUACACUUGUUUUAUUUUUUUUUAUUUCUUUGAAUGUAUGGUUCAUGUGAAAAAGAAGAGGAGAUUUAAUGUGAAAGCAUGUUACUUUGAAUAAAGUUACCACUUAUAUCACCAUAGUUAAAUGUAAGAAGAUGCUAUUAUGUAAGUUGUUGAUUAACUAAAUGGCAGCUGAGACUUACUGCCAUUUAGUCAUCUUUAUUGUUGUCUGAUAGAAAUAGAAAUUUUCCACUAGCGUCCCUGUUUUGCUCCCGAGUGCCGUCCUAAUCACACUGAAAGAUGAAGUGCCAACUCCACAUGAAAUGUGAUUUAAAGUCUCAGCCAACAAGAAAGAAGGUUCUCCCUCUGUUAAAGAGGGAGAGAGUGUGAGAGAGAGAGAAGCAAAAGUGGAAGUGAAGCCGUCAUGAAUACAGUAAUAAGGUCUUCCCACAGCUGAAAUCAUCAUUGACGUCAGUGUUGCUUCUGAGGGGGUGGUUAUAAAUAGCCACACAUUUGGUAACACUGUUUCACAUAAAAAAUUCACCAAUACACCUAGAAGAAAGUAACAGAAAUGGCACUCAGAGGGCAUUUAUUUGAUGUUCAUGUCCCCUUCAUGGCACAAGGUUUGAUGGCAGAUAAUGCUCUUGCAGAAUGUGAAAAAAAUAAAACUGCUUUUAUUAAAAAAACAAGAAGAAAAAAAAGCAAUGUAACUUUCCCUUACAGCGGAGGGUUUCAUUCACUCUUCCAUGGUUGGUUUUAGCAGCCAGACCAUUUAUGAUGUUUAAUCACUAUCACUGCCUCCUUGAAGUGAACCUUCCUCUUAUUUGUUUGGUGUGUUAUUUAUUCCCCUGUAGCGCUUAUAAACUCACAAUUAACGCCCCCAUCUUUGUCCAAACCACCCCUCCCACUGAUUAUGUUUGUGGACUUUCACAGACAUUGUUUGUAAAACUAAGAAUUCUGCAGCAGAAUAUUUUUGAGACGAUUUGCUGUACAGUAUUUGUAAGCUCUAUUUUUGUAUAUUGCUAUUUUGAAGAAAAUAAUAUUUUUUUUCUUUUCUUGUUUUUGCUAAUUUCAUGUCUAUUCAUUUAAAAAAAAUGUUGCAUGUGACUGACUUGA